UGUUUGUACGUCACAGUGAUUUGACAGAAUUCUUCUUAACAUUUUUGAAAGAAAUUCAAUUAAAAUUAAAUAAACUGCUAUAAAAUGGCACCAUUAAGUGAAGCAAAUCAAUCGUUCAAAGAGUUAAAAGCAGAAUUCGGUAAACCGAAACCAGAUUUAAAGAAAUGUGGAAUCUUACUCGAGAAAUUAAAGAUUAUUCUCUUAGAAAUAUCAUACAUGCCAACUGAUGCAAAAGCUUCUCAACAGGAAUUGAUUCUUGCUCGCGAUAUUUUAGAAAUCGGUGCAGAGUUCAGUGUCGCAAUCCAAAACAUCCAGUCGUUUGAGCGGUACAUCUCGCAACUCAAAUGUUAUUACUACGAUUAUAAAAAUCAAAUUCCUGAAUCGGACAACAAAUUCAAGUUGCUUGGUUUGAAUCUUCUCUUUCUUUUGUCUCAAAAUCGUGUUGCUGAAUUUCACACUGAGUUGGAGUUGCUUCCAUGCAACAUCAUUCAAUCGAAUAAAUUCAUCAAACACUCCCUGGAAUUGGAACAGUAUUUGAUGGAAGGUCGUUACAAUAAGUUGUUUAUGGCCAAAGGUAAUUCUCCAGCUGAAUGUUAUAAGUUCUUCAUUGAUAUUCUUCUUGAUACGGUUCGCAAUGAGAUCGGCACAUGCCUCGAACAAGCCUAUGAAAGAAUUUCAGUUCAAGAAGCAGGAAAACGUCUUCAGUUACCAUCAAAAGAUGCAGUCACAGCUUUCGCUCAAAAGCGUAAAUGGACCCUCGGAACUGACAACUUUUAUCAUUUUGCCAGUGAAACACCAAAAGCUAAGGAACCAAUUCCAUCAGUUGAAUUAGCUGAAAUGGCAAUUUCUUAUGCACGAGAACUUGAAAUGAUUGUGUAAUUAAUUAAAUAUAAAGUUUAUUCAAUUUUUUGAAAGGAAAUAAAAUUAAUUUGAUUGAAGUUUAUAACGUGUUAAUGGUAUAAGAGCUUCAAGUUCAUGACAUUCGGUCACCCAAAGAGGUUUAAUAACUUCACCAGAAAAGUCUCUUGGAAGUCGCUUCCCUGAAGCUGAAAUGAUGUGCGUUGCUUUUCUAGGAUUUUCAGUGACUCGUCCCAUCAUAUCCUGAAUUUGAUUCUUAAGUUUUAUUAUUUCAGUUGCAGACAAGUCUUCAUUCAAGUAAAAUAUUUUAUUUUUAAAGACUUGAUUUUCAGCUUGAGUUGAAUUUACUUUUGGCUCAUUUCCGUUCAUUUCAUCAUCAGUUGAAACUUCUAACACAUCACGUAGGUCAUUUUCGAUAACAACUUUGUUCGUCUUCACUUCCGAAUUUCCAUUUUCAACGCGUUUAUCAACGACCAUCAUGUCAUCAUCCGAAUCUGGCUCAACAAUUGCAGAAUUUUGAAUUUCAUGAAUUUCUUCCUCACUUUCUGAUUUGUUAAUAUCUUCUUUAUCCAAUGCAAAACGACGCCAAGGCAAACGUUUCUUAUUGUUGUGACAAGCUUCAAUCCAUCGCUUAGUGACAAUCUUUCCAUGUCCC